AUUAUUACUAUCAUCAUCAUCAUCAUUAUGAUUAUUGCUAUUAAUUUUUAUUAUUAUUAAUAUUUAUUAUUAUUAAUUUUUAUUAAUUAUUAUUUAUUAUCAUUAUUAUUAAUUUUAAUCAUCAUCAUCAUCAUCAUUAUCGUUAUUAUUAUUAUUAUUUAUAAAUUUUUAAUAUUAUUAUUAAUUAUAAUUAUCAUUAUUAUCAAUUAAUUAUCAUCACAAUCAUUAUCAUCAUCAUCAUCAUCAUCAUCAUCAUCAUUAUUAUUAUUAUUUAUCAUUAUCAAUUAUUAUUAUUUAUUAUUAUUAUUAUCAAUAUUAUUAUUAAUUAUCAUCAUCAUCAUUAUUUAUUAAUUUUAUUAAUUUUUAUUACUAUUAUUAUUUAUUAAUUUUUAUUUUUAUUAUUAUUAUUAUUAUUACUACUACUAUUACUACUACUACUAUUACUACUACUACUAUUAUUAUUAUUACUAUUAUUACUAUUAUUACUACUACUACUACUACAACUACUAUUACUACUAUUAGUAUUACUACUAUUACUAUUACUACUACUACUACUAUUACUACUACUACUACUACUACUACUACUACUACUACUACUACUACUACUACUACUACUACUACUAUUACUACUACUAGUACUACUACUACUAUUACUAGUACUACUACUACUAUUACUAUUAUUAAUGUUAUUAUUAUUUAUUAAUUUUUAUUAUUAUUAUUAUUAUUAUUAUUAUUAUUAUUAUUAUUAUUAUUAUUAUUAUUUAUUACUAUUACUUUUAUUUGCAAUUAGUUUUGUAAAUAAUGUUUUCGUUUAAUUAUGCAUUAUUGUAUAUUUAUACGAAACGAUACUCUGUCACGUUCAUAUGUUUCCAUUUAAAUAUUUAAUGAAGUCAAAUAAUAUUUAAAAAUAUUUGUUCUUAAUAUUAAUUUUUCAAUAUAAUUAUUAUGUUAUAUUAUUAUAUUAUUUGAUAUAAUUAUGCUAAUCAUUAUUGUAUUUCAUAUUAUAAAAUUUAAAAAACUAAUAUAUAAAUUUAAUAUUUUAAUUUCAUUUUUAUAGGAACAAUGAAAUUUUAUAAACUUAUAUUUAAUAAUUUUUAAUUCAUUUUUAUCAUUGCUGAUGAUAUUUAAUUGUUAUAUUUAUAGUAUUAAUAAAGAAGCGAAAAUUUAAUAUUUUUAAGUAGGAGAAAAAAUAUACAAUGAGGUAGGGAAUGUCACGUGGUUUUUUAAUAACAGUGAUAUCAUGGCGGCCAGUUUAGGCUAGUCAAUAAUGAUCAGUAUUGGUCAGAAAAUUUAUUAUUUGUGUUGUUUUAAGGUAAUUUAGUGAAAUAAAUUUUCUUUUUGCUUAAAUACGAUUCCGAUUUGGUGUUUCAGUGCAAUUGUAGAAUAAAAAGACUUGAAUUUAAAUGGAAUUCUUAAAAGUUGAAUUGAAUUCGUAUAAUGUAAAUUCAAUGGAAAAUGAAAUAAUAUGAAAUCGUUUUAAUCUGUGACGAUACUUCAUAUAUUUCCUAAUAAAGAGUAUGGAAUAAAUAAAAAUGUUUGUAAAAGACCCUUGUGGGAUCGUGUGUAUCAUAAUUACGUACGUUGCUGUCUUUUAUGCAGAUUACGUUGUCUCUAUGGGGUCCUUUUCAUGUUGUGGCUUUCAACACCAUUGUAUUAUUAUUGAUAACAUCCCAUUUGAAAGCAGUCUGCAGUGAUCCUGGUGUUGUACCUCUACUUCAAAGUCGUAUGGAUUUUUCUGACAUUCAUACAGAUAAUCCAGAAACGAAAAUUGAAUGUGAUGAAAGAGACAGUUGGACUGUUUGUACUAGAUGUGAAACAUAUAGACCACCUAAAGCAUGUCAUUGUAGAAUUUGUAAACGAUGUGUUAGAAGAAUGGAUCAUCAUUGUCCAUGGAUAAACAACUGUGUUGGAGAACGAAAUCAAAAGUACUUUAUUCAAUUUCUGAUCUAUGUUGGAAUAUUGGCCCUCUAUGCUCUAGGCUUGGUGAUAACCUCAUGGAUUUUAGAAUGUUCUCGAUGCAGUAAUGAUAUAGCUGUCAAACAGAGUCGCAUCUUACACUGUGUUAUAUUGGUAUUGGAAUCAGCACUAUUUGGUAUGUUUGUCAUCGCAAUGCUUGUAGACCAAUUUCAAGGUAUCCUGGGAGAAGAAAAUAUAAUGGAACAUAUGCAGAAUAAUCAUCAUUAUAAAAGAAACAGUUCACGUACUUUGAUUUUACUUUCUGAGGUUUGUGGUAAGAGCCAUCCAAUUUUGUGGAUGUUUCCUUGCCAAAACCCACCACGUUAUACUUUCCGAAAAGAUGCGUACCUGAUAGAUCAUGAAGUUUAGAUAAAUAUUUGAUUGCACAUUAUGGAGUAAAAGUUUUUGUUAUGGCUUUGUUUGCCAUAAGUAUUUUUUUAUAUGUUUACAGAAAUUUUUAUUAUUUAAGUACAAUUAAUGAAUUAAAACAUCAUACAUCAUGAUAUAUGAAAUUUGAAAAACAAAGAUUUACAUAAUUAUAAUUGCUUAUAUAAACAACCUAAAUUAUUUAAAGUAAAUAUUAUUGAAAACAUUUUAUUAUCUAAAACUACUAUUACUAGAGUUUAUACUAUUUUAAUUUUUAAAAAUAAACUUAUAUUAAGUUACAGAAAUAAAAAAAAGAAA